ACGCCAUGGACUUCGAGGACGAAGGCGACUGCAUCUUCAUCAAGCGGAGCGCUCGCCAGCGCUCCGCCGGCGGCGGCGCACUCGCGCAGAUUGUGCCCGGCGACGACGACAUCACGCUCAACCUCUCCACGCUGAGCGCGCGGCCGCCGGCAAAGCCGCAAUCCGAGCUGAAGCUCUCCGCCGGAGACGCGAACAGCAAGGUGUACAAGCUGCCGGCUAUCCCGACCCGCCCCGCCAGGCCCGAGAGCUUGCCGCCGCCGCAGCCCGAGCAAGCCGAGGUGUCGACCACCGUGGCGUCCCUUCGCGCCUCGAUGGCCGGCCGGAUCCCCAUGGGCCCGCCGCAGGCCGCACCGGCACCGAAGCCCUCCUCCGAAGCGGACGCGUCGGCCUCUGAGGCGGAGCCUGCUGUCGCCGUCGCGGCAUCCUCAUCCGGCGCGCCUCCGCCGCUGGCCCGGAGCGACACUGUCCCGCUGCCCCGCGCUGUCGGGCCGGCCGCGGUGCCGGAGGAGGGCGAGGACGAGGACGAGGACGAGGACGUCGUUGUCAACGUCUCGCGCCUCCGCGCGUCGCUGGCGGGCAAGCUGCCGCUCCCCGGUGCAGUGCCAAAGAACCGGAUCGGAGGGACGGUGUGGGACGCGGUGCGCGCGGAGCCGCUGCCACUCGACGCCGACCAGCUCGCCGCGCAGCUGCGGGUGUGGCAGCAGGUCACGCUGCUCGACCCCAAGCGCGCAAACAACCUGGGCAUCAUCCUGUCGGCGGUCAAGCUCCCGUUCGACGCGAUGCGGCGCGCGGUCCUCGCCAUGGACACCGCCGCGCUGCCGCUCGACUCGGUGAACGCGCUCCUCAAGUGCGUCCCCUCGGCCGAGGAGCUCGAGCUCGUGGCGAAUGCGGGCGUCCCCACCGCCGCGCUCGGCUUCGCGGAGCGCUUCGUCGCCGAGGUUGGCACCGUCCCGCGGCUGCAGAAGCGGCUCGAGUGCCUCGCCUACCUGCUCCGCUUCGAGGGCUCGCUUCGGGCGGCGGCGUGCGACGUCGCUGCCGUCAGCGCGGCUUGCGGCACGCUGUGCAACUCCGCGGACCUGCGGCGGCUGCUCGGCGUUACCCUCUGGCUGGGCAACGCCCUCAACGGAAACUCCUUUCGCGGCUCGGCCGAGGGCUUCCGCACAGACGCCCUCCCGCGGCUGGCGGAGCUGCGCACAAACUCGACGCCGCCGUCGUCGCUGCUGGCCGUGGCGCUGCAGCACUGCGCCGCCGCCAGCGAGGAGGGGUGGGCGGCCCUCGAGCGGCUGGCGCAGCAGCUCGGCAGCGUCAAGGCGGCGGCGCGCCUCUCGAUGAUGGAGAUUCGUUAA